UUUGUCAGUUAAACGUCUGGCUAAAACAAACCCCCCUCAGUCACUCACAGCUCCGCCGCGGUGUCUCUCUCUCCGCAGGGACCCACGCAGGCUAAUUAGCAGAGCACCAGACCUGUCUCUGCCCGCCCUCAGCUGGAGGACAAUGGCACCGUGUCUCUGCCCAGAAGCCGUGUGGACUGGAGUGUGUCCUCUCCUCUUGACAACCCCCGACGUCGUUCCCCCUUUUUUUUUUUUUUUUUUCUUGCCUCAGAAGUAGCAGCUCUUUUCGCCCGAGCCGUGUCUUGACGGGAAGUUGAGCGGCUGUGUGACAGUGUCAGCUAUCCCUCCUCUGCGGGCUUGUGCGGGCUGACGACGGAUACCGAGGAGAGGAAGUUGCGCUCAAAACUGCGAAAGCUUCGCGGACAUGAACGUGGGGACGAGGGUGAAUAAAUAAUAAAUGUGGGAAUUAAACAUUGCCCAGUAUUUUUUUUUUUUUCUGUUUCCCUCCGUGACGUGUAUGUGCGGCCCUUUCCUGUACGCCCCCUUCCGUUCACCCCCCCCACUCCCUUUCUCAAAACCCAAACUCCACGCCUUCCCUGCGCGCGUUCACGAGCCUUGAAUGUAGUCGGGUGCGCGCCUCCGUCUGUACAGCAUUGAUAAAACGUCGGAGUGAUGCUGAAUGCAGCCUCGGAUUCUCGCAGCGCUGUCCUUGGUCACCCCUGACAACAAAGGACGCUUUGACAUGUCUCACUAAAAGUAAGGGUCCAAUUACAAUGCCCCUUGUGUGCGCGGGCUAAAAAAAGACAACGGUGCACCCCCCCCCAUCACCAACACAAGUCAAGUUGUGAUUGGCUGUUAUUAAAGUCAAUCAGCUAUCAAUCAAGUGGGACAGUGAGUGUCAUGGCAACUCACUCAGCAACCAGAGCCCAGCAACAAAGACUCAUCCCUGUAUGUAGUUAGUGUGGUGCUCAGUUUGUGAACAGGCAGCCACACAGCGAGCAAACAUGCCUCCAAAGAAAAAGACUAAAAAGACCACAAAGAAGAAGCCUGAAAAAAGUGAAAAUGACUUGGAAACAAAGUAUAGACGCAGUGUUCUGGAUAUAGCCAUCCUACAGGAUCACAUCGCCUUUCAGUGCGAGUCUGUAAUAAAGGUCCAGUCUGAUAGAGUUGACCUGAGGAGACGCAUGAGAGAAACGGAGCAGAAGCUGCACCACGAGAGACAAGACUACAGGGACGUCAACUCUGACCUCAGUCGCCAGUACAAAACCAUGCAGACAGAGCUGACCAACAGGGGGAAGAGGCUGGAGAAGGAGGUCAGCCAGCUGAAGGAAGAACUUGUCCUGUGUCAGGAGGAACUGAGGAAAGAGAAAAGAGAGCGUGAACAGGUGGAAGAGGAGAAGGACGCCAUCAUAGCUGACCUCCAACACAAGCUGGACAACAUGGAAACAGACUACGAGAAGAUCCUGCAUGAGACUCUAGACAGCCUGACUGCCCAGCUGUCUGUGGCUCGACAGGGACGGGAGGAGAAGAGCACAACCCUUCAUCAGAAUUACAAGGAACUGCUGUCUGAAUUUGGCCUGAACGCACUGGACAUCUAAAAGUCAGGCUCCUCACAAAUGAAAGCAGCUGCUCCUCCCAGUGAGACAGAUUUGUUCAAUGUUGUAUCUACAACUUGGUUCAAUUUGAUCAGACUCUUGCAUCCGCGUUUGGUUCAAAUGAAAGUGACGUCCACGACAGCAUCAAUUUGCAGCUCGCGAUUUACUAUGCUUAAUACGCGGAUGGAUGUUGUUAUUAUAUAAUAUUUUACCAUCAGGGUACAAAAUAGGCUGAGUUAUCUAUGCACGCAUUCAUCAGUUCACCAUGUUCAAGUCUGUAAUGUUGUGUAAUGCCCACUAGAUGUAGCAAAUGACUGUUUAUGGUCAGGGAGAUGGUGGCCAGAAUAUGUUAGAGAGUUAUACUGUUCUGUGUUUAUAUGUGUAAAUAUAUUUGGUUAUAUAUUAUGUCAAAUAAAAAUAUGUGAGGAAGAUUACACUAACAUGGUAUGAAGUGAAAAGAUACUGCCUGAGAGUUCUGUACAUGAACAACAGUUAACAUCAUGAUUCAAUGAUAGAAAUGUAUUUUCUCAGGCAGUGUUUAAUGCUGAGUCAGUGGACCAGAGGCCGAAUAUGGUAACAGGCAAGACAGCGUAAGAUGAAAGUAGCCACAUGAACCACAGAGACGUAAGAGACGACAUUAACGUUACCCCCACUGCUACACUGUAAUACUACGAGGCUGCAGUGUUUUCACUUAACCCACAACUGUGACAAAACGCAACUCAUAAGACGUGAAAGUAGAGAAAGUAAACAAAAAGUAAUGUUCAAUAUGAGGUAGUCUAACGAUAGACAAUAACAAGAAAGACACAAAAUAACAGUUAAUGAUGCAGGAAAUAUGAUUUAGCUGCCCAGCAUCGAUAAAACCCGACUUCCCCUGCGGGGAGCCAGAUAAACAGAUUUUACUUCCAAGGCUGCCAUUUGUGCGCCUUUUUCAUGGCCCAGUGCUAUUUUUUUAGCCUCUCAUCUGCGGGGUAAUGAAUCAUUUACUCUGGGAUUAAGAUAAUUCUGUGCUCUAACGACCAAUUAACACAGGAACUCAAGAGGCCUUUAUCUGAAAACCAAUAUUUUCUCCUCAAACCACAAGGAGCUGCUGCCUUCUGAGAGUAUGUGUUUCUGUUUGUUUAGGGUUUAAUGGGGUUGACUGCCGUCAUCCCAAUGCUCAAAAUGAGAUAAGCACAGUGAACCUGUUAGUGGGGGAACACAAAAGCAGUAUUCCUUAUGGGAAUAAAAAUACUCUAUAGUAGUACUCAGUAGGUAAAAGUACCAACACAGCACUGUCAUACUACUCCAUUACAAAGGUACAGUCGUAUUUCUGAUAUAUAAUACUGCAUAGAUUGUUAGCACACGAUAUGUAACAUUUAACUGUUGUAGCUGAUCAAGGGGGAGUUGCUUUGUUUCAGUAUUUAAAUCCAGUGGUUUACAACCUAUGGGUCA